AACCAUCCACCAACCAACCAACGAAACAAAUACUGACUCAUAUCCACUCACCUCACCUCACCUCCCCUCCAUAAAACCCCCUCCAUAAACCCCCCUAGCUAUCUCACCCAACCAACCCACAACUUCCCCCCGCCAGAAUACCAAAAUUCCUCCCAAACCACCCCUCACAAACACCCUCAAAAUGGCCCGAGGAGGCGGUAUGCGAAACCCCGCCAACCAACCCCGCGACCAGCAGGUCUCGCGAAAAGUAAGCUGGUUACUGCGCCAUGGGGCGGGGGCUGAGGGACUGAAGUUGGGGGAGGGCGGGUAUGUGAAUGUGGGGGAUGCCUUGAACACGCGCUGCCUCAAAGCCCUACACGUAACAUUCCCCGAACUUCGCGAGGUGGUGGCUUCGAAUGACAAACAGCGUUUCUCCAUGAUCCCGCUCAACCAACCCGCCAUCGAAUCAGAAUCAGACUCACCAUCCAACUACCUAAUCCGCGCAAACCAAGGGCACUCCCUCCCCCUGUCCUCCACCUCCCUCCUAACCCCCAUCACCCACCAAGCAAACAAUAUCCCACGCACAGUAAUCCACGGCACACACGACCGCGCAUGGCCCCUCAUCCUUCAAAGCGGCGGCCUGCGCCCCAUGGGGCGGAACCACAUUCAUUUCGCCGUUGGACUGCCUACACCCCUAUCCCCCUCAUCCACCCCAACGAACCCCGAAACAGAAGAAGAGCCAAAAGUCAUAUCCGGCAUCCGCCGCUCCGCAACAGUGCUCAUAUACAUCGAUAUCCGCGCCGCGCUCAAUGCGGGGAUUUCGUUCGGCGUGUCGGAGAAUGGGGUUGUGCUUACGGAGGGGGAUGGGGAGGGGAAGUUGGGGUGUGAGUUUUUUGAACGGGUGGUGGGGAGGGGGGGGGAGGUGCUUAUGGAAGGGGGGGUGAUGCCGGAGGGGGUGGUUGUUGAUGUUGGGGGGUGGGAGGGGGUGGUUGGUAGGGGGGGGAGGGGGAAGGGGAGGAAGAGGGGAGGUGGGAAGAGGGGGGGACGAGGGGGGAAGGCUGUGGAUGGGGAGAGGGAGGGGGAGGCGAAGGAUGCUGUGGCGGAG